GAAGGAAGAAGUUAGUAAAGAGUGACCAACUGAAAAUUGAGACGAGAAUAUUACCAUCAAGUUGUGUAGAUUUCUUGGGAAAUACUAUGAUUUUCACGUGACAAGUUGGUAAUGUUGAAAACUGCCAUUCCCAUUGCAUUUACAUAGAAUGUUAUCUUCAAGGAUGUUAUCCAUAUGGAUGCCUUCAGUAGAUAAUAAAUAGUUAUCAGUUCACUCUACCUUGAAGCAAAUUGUCAACCUUUCACCUUACUUCCAGUUAAGUGGAGGGAGGAGGAGGCAGAAGAAAGCAAAAAUGAUCCAACAUAUCAUUGUAUUUUUCACCAUUUUUCUACUAAUGCAUAACAUUAAUGAACAGUUGGUGUAGUGAAAUUAUAGAAGUUAAAAAUACUAAGCUCAGUUUUGAUAGAAUGCUCCUUGUGUGAAUCUGCAUCUGUAAUUUAUUUGAAAUAACCAAAUCCAUAAGUGCACACAUUUCAAUUAAAUUAUGUAAAUAUGAUAUGCUUGUAAAUCAGAAAGCAAUAUUCAGAAUUUCUAAUCACUUUAUCAUCUUUGUUACUGGAUUUUUAUCCUCUUAUUUUGUGAGAAUGUGUGCUAUAAAAAUGCUGUCAGAUAUUUUAAAAAGAAUUGCAGUGUGAUGUACUCCUCUGCUAAGACUGACCACAGAACAGCAAUAGCCAACAACAGUGUGUGUCCGUAUGUGCCAUGAGCAGUAGUCAUAGGAUUCAAAGUGGAAACAAUAACAUAAGUACAAAUAACAUUAGCACAACCUUAAGAAAUCCAAAUUGUCAGGUGGUAACUGACAAUAACAUAGAAGUUUGUGGUGAAGUGUUGGGUAACGUAGUACAGGGACGCAGCAUUUGCAAUACGGGGACCGCAGGCAGCCUUAUAACAGGAAAUGAUGCUGGUGGUGACACCACCACUCGUCGAAGUCAAAAUAGUCACACCACCCCAGCAUCAGCAGGACAUGAUGGUUGUAGAUCAACACAUGAACCAACCCCCAGCCCAACAAGAAAGAGGAACUUGAUUGGCAAUACUGUUCGGAGCUUGUUUCAAUCAAGGAGUAAAGACAGAGUGAGCUCUCAGACAGCCAUUUCAAACACUAGUCAAGCAUCCACCAGUCACCGCAUUCAGGAUCGGAGUUCUGACAGCCUUGCUUCCUCAUAUGGAAAUCGACAUAAAACGAGUACUCAAUCCCCCACACCUGUUCCUGCAAGUGGCAACAAAAAAACAUCUUUGCCACACACAUCUGUUCAAAUAGCAGCACCAGCUUCCCGUCGUGGCUCAAGGACUUCACGAUCAAGUUCUCAGAAUUUGAUUACUGAUACUCAGGAAGUUUUACCUCACAUCAUCAGCACCGUGGCAUCAAAGAAAGUAGAGAAAACUGAAUCCCAGCUGCUUAACACCACAACUACAUCUGAAGUCCAGAAGGAGCCUUUAGCUAGAGAUGUUACAGCAGGCAAACAAAUUUCAUCUGGUGAAGUAUCGAAAAUAUUAAUUGCAAGUGCCAGUUUAGAACAGGAGGCAUCAUUAUUAGCGUGUGCAGAAACGGAAUUAGCAAAUAAACAAGAAGUGUUAUCACUAUCACUUUCUGCUUCUAAGGAGUCAUCACCUGUAACUGAUGUUACAGUUGGACCAUUCAAACUAGAGGCAGAGCUUCCAGAAUUAGUUUCAGGAACUGCUGUGAAAGCCAAAGAUGUAGAAGAAGCUGUUGAUCUAGUGAAAGAUGCUGUACAUAGCGUACUUGAAACGUGUUUACCUACAGAUGAAGACGGUAUUGUUGUGGUAGAGAGAGUGGGUAGAAGUAUAGCAUCAGGAACAACUGCAUCACUGACUGGUGGUAAUGCAUUGAAUAUAGUAGCAGAUGGAAUUCUUGAGGAUGAUGAUGAGGAGAAGGCAAUUGGUGUUUCUCCUGAUGGAAGGUUUUUAAAAUUUGAGGAAGAGAUUGGAAGAGGAAGUUUCAAGACUGUAUACCGAGGCCUUGACACACAAACUGGUGUUGCAGUGGCAUGGUGUGAGUUGCAGGAGAAGAAAUUGAAUAAGACUGAACGGUUGAGAUUCCGGGAAGAAGCUGAGAUGUUGAAAGGCUUACAACAUCCAAAUAUUGUCCGCUUCUAUGACUAUUGGGAGGUGACUUUGACAAAGAGGAAGUACAUUGUUCUUGUUACUGAACUUAUGACAUCUGGAACACUCAAAACGUAUCUAAGGAGGUUUAAGAAGAUCAAUCCAAAGGUUCUGAAGUCAUGGUGUCGACAAAUCCUGAAAGGUUUAAGUUUUUUGCACUCCAGAACUCCUCCAAUUAUACAUCGUGAUCUGAAAUGUGAUAAUAUUUUCAUUACGGGAACAACGGGCAGUGUCAAGAUUGGUGAUCUUGGUCUAGCAACUCUUAAAAACAGGUCAUUUGCUAAAUCUGUUAUAGGAACUCCAGAAUUCAUGGCUCCAGAGAUGUAUGAAGAGCAUUAUGAUGAGAGCGUGGAUGUUUAUGCAUUUGGGAUGUGCAUGUUGGAGAUGGCCACUUCUGAGUAUCCAUACUCAGAAUGCACAGGACCUGCCCAAAUUUACAAAAAAGUUAUCAGUGGAGUAAAACCCUUGAGCUAUGAGAAAGUGGAAAACCCAGAAAUUAAAGACAUUAUUGAACAUUGUAUAAGGCCUAGGAAAGAGGACAGGCCUGGCGUAAAGGACCUGUUAAUCCAUGAGUUCUUUGCCGAGGAUCUUGGGCUGAGGUUAGAGAUUAUAUCACGAGAAGAGGCAGUAGCAUCCGCAACAUCCAAGGUGGAGUUCAGGCUUCGAGUAUUAGACCCCAAAAAGCGCAGCAACAAGCACAAAGAAAAUGAAGCCAUUCAGUUUGAAUUUGACAUUCAGGCAGAUAAUGCAGAAGAAGUAGCUAGUGAAAUGGCAAAGUCUGCACUAAUAAUGGAAGAUGAUGCUCGAGCUGUUGCCAAGAUGCUCAAAAAUAGCAUUUCAACUUUAACAAAAGAGAGGGAGGAGCGGAAACAGCUGGAACGUGAGGUUGAUGGUGUAGCAGAGGUAUCUCCAGACUCAGGUCAUAGUACCCAGAACAAACCAGAGAGCACACUGGUAACAGGGCAACCUGGCUACAUACAACAGCAGCAAGUGCCACCACAUCAGGUUCCAUCACAGCAAGUGCCAUCACAACAGCAACAGACUGGGAUAGUUCAUGGAAGUUAUGUUACUGCAUUCACUCCAGUAUACCAGCAAGAAGCUAACCAACCUCCUCCACUAGCAGCCCAGCUACAGCAGCAGACAUCCCAACAGCCACAGACACAACAGUUGUACGUUGCAACCACCUACCAGCAGUCCAAUGUCCCUCCUGUGCUUUUACAGCAGUCAGCUAACCAUCAGGUUGGCAACACUGAGGUGUCGGUGUCAACCUCAGCACCCCUCCUUCAACCUUUAUAUUGUAAUUCAUCCUGCAUUGUCAGUCCUGCCAGCACUGGCAGUAUGGUACCAGUGAGUGUGAUCCAGCAAACACAAGUGCAGUCCAUCCCAACAUCAUAUUCCAACUCCCUGUCUCUGGAAAAAAUGGCUGGUGUUGCUAUGCAUAAUAUUCCCAGUGUCCAUCCUUCAGUGUGUAGCAUUAUCCCACAGCAAAAUUUUCAAGUGCAUAACAUCCCAGGUUUUGUACAACAGGUUCAGCAACAGAAUUUAGUGAUACCAGGGUUACCAUUGUCUGCAACCAAUGACACUCCACUAUCCAAUAUAAACACUGAUGUCAUUACAACACAGGUCUCUCAGUGUUUGUCUGUUGCAAAUGUUUUAUCGUCAUCCUCAACAUUAUCUGAUAGUAUAGUGAAGUCUAUAAGUGCUGUUAAAACACAGCCAAAUUACGUUCAGCUUCCUGUAUCAUCUUCAGCCAUUGCUGAACCUGCAUACCAUACCUCAAGCCAGAGCACUUCAGAUUCCAUACCACAGCCUCUGGGUUACCAACAGAAUUAUCAGCUGCUACACCUUGCUCAACAACACUCCAUGAUGGAGAAGGUCCAACAACCAAAUCUCAUAGAUACUCUUUCCAUUUUGUCUCAUUCUGGUUCUCCUCAAACUGGUUCAUUGGGGGUCAGUACCCCUAACCAGUAUCAUUCUCAACCAAGCAUUCCACAACAUGACCCACAGAAGACUACAACUAGUGACAGUACUGCUCUUAUCUCAGGAUCCCAGGUGACUUCAGGUGACAUAUCAAAUGUAAGUUUUCAACAGGCUUUGCCCCAAAAUUCAAAUUGUAAUCAAGCCUUAUCUGAUUGUGGUAUAGCUUCUAAGCCUUAUGCUAGUGCUGAUGUUAGCACCACCCCUGUACAGUCAGUAACUUUAACAGUCCCAUAUGCAUCAUGUCAACAGAGCACUACUGCACAAAUGCUUACAUGUCAUUUUUCAAAAGUAGAUGCCUUGCCUUUACAGCAGACUGCUCCAGUCAUACUUCUCCAGCAGCCUAGUCCUACAGCAUGUGUAAUCACUGGGGAUAGUCCUUGUGUUAGUGAAAAUUAUAUGCAAAACACUUCAUCUAUGCUGCAGUACCAUUUGCAGCAGCAUAUGAUGCCAGACUUCAGGUCAGCCAGUAGUAGUGAGAAUUAUGUUGUCUCCCCUGUCAUGACUCCAGUUUCAACACCAAACCCACCUUCAACACCCAUCUCUGGGGCUCUUAAUACUCUUCCACUUCAAAUCCUUCAGCCAGAAACCCUCACAGAAAAUGUGCAGUCUGUAAGUAAAACUUCUCCAGUUUUGCAAAAUUUUGAACAGACUUUGAAGUUAAAUCAAAUGCCAGACUUUCAGGCAGAACAUUGUCGGUCUCAGGGCAUUGUGUAUUCCAGUAAAGCUGAUCAGACAUUGAAUUAUCAGACUCCUCAGUCAUGUGUAAAUGUGAAGGGAUCACAGAUUUACCAUUCCAAUGUUACGAAUACCAGCCAUCUUAAUGAGCAGUUACUGAACAUCCAGAUUAAUGAGCCACCACAAUAUAAUCAGAAAUUUGAUGCAGAGAAAGAACAACAACAGUCACUAUAUUCUACUUCAGCUGAAUCUGAGACUGUACACAAAGUAAGUGAAGUCCACCACUUGGUACAGCAGGCCAUACACAAUGCAGGAGAAAUGCUAGAUAUAAGUUCAAAUAGUGAAAAUCAGAAUGUAAGUCCUGCAGUUGACAAACAAAUCUGUGUAAGCUGUGAAGUGAGCAGUGUAAAAUGCACUCACAGAGGAACCUUUCCUCCCCAACAAAUUCAUUCUAAGGAGGAAAUACAAAGACCACCUGAAUGUUCCAAAAAGGACCAAGAAGAAAUGGGUACACAAACAACACCUUCAUUGGACUGUGAGUCAACAGUGGUGGAUUCACCAGCCACUAGGGAAGAUAAUCCUGUUCACUCUGUACUUUGCUCGCUGUUGGGUACUGCUGAAGAGGCAAUUCAGACAUCAGAAGCAGAGAAAAUGAUUCAAAGCUUACCAGUACCAGGUUCACUUUCCAGUGAGAUGGCAACACAGGGUCAUAUCCAAGACUGCAGAAGAAAUUCUUCAGGAAUGUCCAGUAUUCGAGGAUCUCCAACUAAAUCCACUACAAAGCUGAGUGAAAAGGAAAACCCUCAACCUGGAAACCAAAGUGUGUUAUCAAGUAGUGAUUUUCCUGAAACUGCAUCAGAUCAGAUGUCCUCACACUGUGUGGGAACUACUCUAUCAGACCUUAUGCCAUCAACUGCCCUGGAGCCUUCUUCAUCUGAGGCACCAAGUGCUCAGCCUCUUCUCCUUCCUGCAGAAGUGCUUCCUGAGAAACGUUCUAAAAGGCCAGGAACAAAGCGACGUAAGACAGUGGGUGACCGUGGACCUAGAUUGAUGGUUCUAUCCUUGGGUAAUGGUGGGGGUGUAGUUGAAUGCCAGCUGGAGUCCAGCAAACACAGGACAGUGACUUUCACCUUCCAUAUACAAGAUGUUGUUCCACAGGACAUUGCAAGCAAUUUGGUGGCUGAGAAUCUGCUACCAGAACACCACUCUGAUAUCUUUGUUGACUUGAUAAAUGAUAUUGUACAGCAGCUGAAGGAACAUCCUGACCGAUUACCUAUAUUGCCCUACUGCCCAUUGGAUAGCCCCGUAACCAAUAGGAAGCCUCGUGACAGAGAACGUGACCCAUUGGCAGAAUCACAAAACAGGGUACGUCAUUCUUCACUAACUCGUCAGAGUUCUCAUCGGUCAUCAUAUAAAGGUCACAGGCGACAUCGUUCGAAGGAUGAAACAUCUACAGCAGCGAAGCUAAUGGAUCCCAUAGUGAGAGAGAGAGCAUCAUUGUCAGGACCCAGCAGUCCCAUGCAUGUUGUACAGCAGCACCCUUUGGAAGCCAUUUCAUGUUCUACAAUCGGAUCCUUACCGCAGCGUGUAGUAUCUCGCUUCAUGGUGAGCACUGUUGAUGAAAGUGCAUCCUCAUCUAGUCUUGUUGGCUCCAUACCAUCUUCUUUGUGCUCCAUUGUUACUGCAGAGCCAACUGUCAUCGUUCCUGAUUUUCCAUCUCUUAAUCUCUCGGAGGAGUCCAUGGAUCAGGGAAAAAUUAAAUUCUUAUCUUGUGACAGAGGAGUUUUGGAAGAAGCAGAAGUUCAUUCAGUGAUUUAUGAUGAUACACAAGGAAGUGUCAACAGUAAAGGAAAGAGAGUCUCAGUUGGGAAGGAUAAUAUGAGCAGUGAGGAUAUUAGGAAACAGUCAUCAGCCUCUACUGAUAACAUUCCUACAUUCUCAGUGGAUGUUAAUUAUGAACUGAAUUCCUCAGAAUCUCACUCUCAGCAGACUGAAAUGCAAAGUACACAAUCUGAAAUCUCCAUGAGUUCCUCAGCUGAUGUGUAUUCAUCUAAACGUUCAAGCAUAAUUGACCCUGAUACUCAACUGGGACUGCUUGAGAUUGAUCCUUAUACACAUACCAAACCUGACCUUUCAGCUAUACAAGACCAUAUCAUGGCUUCAGAUGGUGAGCUUGCUGAAAGUACUCUGCCUCAGUUACUACACACUCAGGGACAAUUAGGCAUGUCUGUGGUAAUGGGUGGAGCACAGUUAGAGCAGGGUGUAAGGAAUAUGACUAUAACUCAAGCAGUACAUGACACGCAGUUAUCUGACCCCUCUGGAAGUGAAGGCCCUAGCCGAAAAACAAGUUUUAUAUCUGACAGAUCGGCAGAGUUAGAUGAUGCUAUAAUCAUCUCAACCCAAGCCAAGAUGUGUAUAUCUGAUGUGUUUCCAUCAAGCCAGCCAUCUGCAGAACAUCAUUAUCAGCAUCAAACUAAUGCCCAGGGCUCACCUCCACCAGAUGGUCAAACAUUGUCAUCACAAGUUAUGCCUGGAGCCAGCCAGACACCAAAUCAACAGUACACUCCUGAAAAUACCAUCAUGCCUGCAGUUGAUCAGCAGGCACUGUUACUGCAUCCUAGAUUGUCACAGCAGAAUUCCUUGGAGAAAGACAGUGGCCCACAAACAAUAGCAGAUUUGCAACAAAAGCUGCUGCAGCUUACGUCACAGCCAUCGUCAGAACGUGUACUGACUGGAACCCCCCCAUCUCAUCCUGCCACCCCUCAGGUUCAGCUUACCUAUGAUACCUACAUGCAGACAUUGCAACAAAAAUUGGCUUCUAUAUCAAUGCCUGGUGCUCACACCCUGGGUCCCCUAUCCCCACAGAGCACAUUACACGCAACUGUAGCCAGUGGUUCAGCAGUGCCUACUGCGGUUGAUGUUUUGUCUCAGCCACUGUUGCCGACAGGAGUGAUGGGCAUUGAUGGUAUAGGAGUGUUGCCUGCUGAUCAGCCAAUCAUAGUUCAGCCUUUGGCAGUCCUUGGACCUGUUCAACAGAUGUCAGUAACACCCCUCAUGGAUAGCAGUAAUAACAGUAGUGGAAUCAUGUCACCUAGCCAGAUAGCAUCAAAGGAAGAAGUUCAGCGUCAGCUGAGGCCACGACCAGCAGCCAUUGACCUUCAUGAUCUUGAACAGGAAUUGGCAAAGAUACAUACUGGCCAUCGUCACGUUGCUUUGAAUCAGGCACCAAGUGGUGCACAGUUGGGGCCAACUGCUGCAACACAGGUAAUACCACAGCCCAUGGCACAACUGCUGACUACUGUACCCUUGGCAGUACCCACACCUGUUCAGCCAACAAAUACACCAAUAUUCCCUACAGCUGUUCUGCAACCAAACUUGGUUUCAGUUACUGACAUCAGUGUAAACACCACUCCAGAUGAAGCUAAUGUAAUGGGGAAUCGUUGUGAAUCUUUAGAGAAUCUAACAAGGAGUUUGGAUUAUAACAAGGAAACUGCAGAGGAUAUCCAGGAGUUUGUUAUUUCUCAUACAGUAACCUCUGAAAGUGAAACACAAACUGCAGAUCCAUAUACUGUAGAAUUGCCAGCUUCAGAUUCAAAUCAUGCAGAAAAAGAUGAAGGAUUUGUGAGAGGAAAGCCACAAGAGAAAAUGAAGUUAUUAGAUGAAAAACAGCAGGAACAGAAGUUACAGCAAGGAAAAAAGGCUGAUGACAGUUUAACUAUAAAAAGAAUAUCCAGGUUCCAAGUUAGCGUUGUGCAAGAGGAUGUGGCUGUAUCAGGGUCAUCGCAGGCCUCCUGGAAUUCCGACACAAGUGAUAAACCAAUAACCACAACAGCUGUAAAGCGAGGUAGAUUUAGUGUGGUUACCCAUCCAGAUCAUAUAGCUCCAGUAAUGCCACGAAUUCCUGAUAAUGGGAUUUCCAUAAUGCCACCAACAUCUGAUAAAAGGUUUCCUGCAGUACCACCUAUACAUGGUAAGAGGUUAUCAUCAGUGUCACCAAUAUCUGAUACCAGGAUUACUGCUACACCACCACUACCUGAUAGCAGGACCUCAGCAUCACCACCAGUAUAUGAUGAUGUACCAGAAUGCCAGUUAACUGAGAGCGACUGUGCUCUUAAGAUACUUCACAAAGCCAAACCAACAUCAUCACUUUCCUCAGGAACAGGUUUUGUUAGUGCAGCCAGUGAUUCUGAUUAUAAGUUUACUUCAGCAUCUAUACCCAGUGCCAGGAAUAUGGUUGCUACAAAUGUGACUGCAGAACAACUUCCAACAGUUCCCGUAUCUUCUGCUGAUGCAAAUAUAAGACCAUGCAGCAAGAGUGAACAACAGGCAACAUUUCAACUUUGUACACCACCUAUAUCACGGAAGAGACAGUUGCCCUUGACACCUGCUGUAGACGGCACAUGGAAUUCACUUGUAUCACACUGUGGACUGGAAACCGGAGUCAGUGUAAGUGAUCCUGGUAACUUGAUGUUCAAAUCAACGUAUCAUAAUACCAUUCAGAGUAACCUAUCUAAUAAUCUCAGUCGGAACCAGGAAAACAUAGUUGAUGUACAACAGGCAGCACUUCAAUUACAGCAGUUGUCAUCUCUGCCAGUAACAGUAUGGCCUGUCAAUAUCAGCAGCCAAAGUACUACACAGGACACUGUUACACAAGUGAAGACUAUUCCUCAUCAGCCCAAGACGAAUUUCCCUGGUUCUGAGAGUGGAGUACACACGCUGCCAGUGAAACAGACUGUCCAGAGUAACAGUAACCAUCAAUUUCAAAUCCAGAAUGAUGUGUUUGGUUUCAUCUCAAAUACCGCGCUGCCAUUGAAUACUUGUAUUAAAUCCAGUGAGGAUGGAACAUUUAGAAGACAAAGCAUUGAUCAUCCAAAGUUCUUAGUCAAUCAUAACCCAGCUCCACUGCAAAGAUACUCAUUAAACAUGAUUCAUACACAGACAGGGCAUGAAGAUAACAAAGAAGGUAAUGAGAGGGGUGCAGAUGAAUACAAUUCCUCAUAUAGUGCACAGCCACAUAAGCCAUAUCAGCAAGAACCAUUGGUUAGUUGCAAACACAGUAACCAUAACCAUGUUCCAGGACUCCCUAAUCAGACUCAGAGGCUUGUAAAUGUUCCAUUCUCAAAAUCAGAACAACAGUCCAUUGAGAGACAGAAUUGUCUUCCUCCUCACCAACCAACCAAGACAGUAGUACCAUCAGAACUGACUCUGAAACAAGCUGGAAGUAUUACCAAUGCUUCCAUAUCUCAGAAAGGGCAUACUAGUCAUCAUUACAGGAAAUGCACUAUUAGUUCAUCUUAUUUUGAUCCUGAAAAUUCACUGAGAAGUAUUGAAGAAGGUAGAGGUGAUUUUCUAAACCACUCACUGGAACAUGGUUCCGAAAGAUGUGGCCACCGCAGUGGGUCCUAUCUAGGCACUAAUACUCAAAAAGAAGUGGAUCCUUUUACUGUUGAGAAAUUAAAAUAUCCAUCAAAAUAUGGUGGAUCAUUUCUUACCUGCACUGAAUUUCCAAAAGCCAGCAUCAUCCAUGCCAAUAGUGUUGCAGACUUCAGACACUUCCCUGUGGCCCAAACACACAAGAAUUCUUCGGCUCGUAGAAGAUUUCGAACCAGGAGUAUGAGUCAAGAUCCAACAUUGAAUACUGAGAAAGGAGCAGCAGUGAGCCCUAGGAAAUAUUUUGAGCCUCUAAAUAAGUGGUCCAGUUUUUCUAACCUUGAAAAAGUUGAUAAAACUGGAAAUGUCCAUAGGAAUACAUGUGAAGCUGACAAUCAGUUGUUGAGAGGCAACAUUCAUGAAUGGAAGCCACUGCAGCAGCGAAGAAAGUUACCUGUCCCUCCCUUUGCACCGAAACCAUUUGAUAUGAAUUAUUCAGAUUCUUCAAAUCAAGUUUCUGGCCAUAAAUUAUCUUUGUCACAAGUAUCAAAUAAGUAUGCUUCAACAGGUGACUUGACUACACACCAGCCCCUUUCUUCAAAAAGACCACAAUAUCGGCGCUGCACUAGCAUCGAACCCCCCAGUUCACAGUAUAGGCUUCCAUCACAACAUCUAUCUGGUACAACUCCAGUUAUUGACCUCCAUCAUAGGGCUGGUAGUCAAUUAAAUGCAUGGCACAGUACCACAGAUAUUAUGAAGGAUACCAACAAUCCAUUUAGAAAACUCAUUAAACAGUCACAUCCAUCUUCAAGCCAAGAAUCCCUUAAUGCAUUGUCCAAUUACCCUUCUUCCCGAAAUGAUGAAGAAUCAAGUGAAAACUGUAGCAAUACUACUGAUAAUGACAAUGACCCUCCUAUAAAGAAAACUACAAAACCAUGCUAUGUCUCACUGAGUCAAGAGCCAAGAGAUUUGCUCAGAGCAAAACUGAAACAAGCAAAGAGUAUGAGCAACCUUGCACUGUUUAAUAGAAACCAAGCAAUGUGUGUCAGUCCAAAAUCAUCCCCAAAAUCUAGUCCUAGUGUAUCACGCACAUCUCUUCAUCCUCAUGAUGCUUUUUCUAUCCAUAAAAGCAGAAAUGAAAUAGUAACUUGCAUGCCACAGUCAUGUGAUUUUCAUAGGGACUUGGAUCCAGUGUAUCAUACAAUUCAUGCUGGCAUGAAACCACCAAAAUAUUUAAUUGAUUGGGAGCAUAAGCUGCAGUACUCCAACAAGGAGGUGGAAGAUAUUAGCAACUUGUCAGAAGCCAGCUCUAAUGAUAUGGAGUAUUUGGACAGCCGGUCUUACUUUGAAGGUGAUGAAUCCCAAGAUGAUGAUAUAUUCUAUUCUCACAUAAUUCCAUCAACAUCAUCACAAGACCAGGAGAGCAUUGCUUAUAAAUUUCACAGGGAAACAGAGGAUUGUGUUGAUGAAGACGGAAAUUUGCAAACAAGUCCUAUUCUUGGAAGGUCUUUGAAGCAGCAAUUGAAAGCCGAAUGUUUAUAUCCAAAUCCAACAGCGACUGAGUCUCAAUUCCAGUUCAGUAGAACACAUGAAGAUCUUCUGCAGUCAGAGCAUAAGAAAUCUCAGAAACUAAAAUCUCUUAGUGCAGGGCAAACUCAGAAAAGGGCAAUAUAUGCAGGCAAGAAAUAUGAAGAUGUAGUUCUUUCUCAGUUACAUUACAGUGAUGAAAAUCAAGUAAUACCAUCUGGUGGCAGAUUUGAAAACUCCAGCAAUCCAAAUAUUGAUGGCAGAAGGAGAACUGAACAUCCAGCACAGUAUGUUUCAAGCCACAGGAGUAGGGAAAGAGAUUUAUAUCAACAUACAGUGAUGGAUUCAGAGUCUGAAGAAGAAUGUAUCCCACAUUCAUUGAUGAAUAAUGAUGAAUUCAGACUUCUUAUCAGAAGGCAGGAACUGGAAAUGGAGGCAUUGAAGCAAAAACAUCACAAAGAAAUUGUGGCAUUCCAACAUCAGCACUUCAUGCAGCAGUUGAACAUAAAUACUGGAAAAUUCCAGACUUUCCAGCAGAUAUCAACAUCAUCAGCACCCACCAUAUCAAACCCAGCAGCAGCAGCCAUGUACCCAAUUAUGUAUCAGCCCAUGACUCCAGCAUAUGCAGCGGUGAGUGCACCACGUGCUCCUGGAGCCAGUUUAGAAGAUUAUUCGAUGUACAGCACAGCACCACAAUCACCCACAUUUGAAGCAAGUGGAUGCCCAUCUGUAACAAAUACACCACCACAAUCAGUAAAUGGUAAGCCGCAUUCCAUGACAUCUGAAGAAAUAUUUCAUCUCACUGGUGCAGCAAACCAAGUUUUAACAAGACCAGUUGUUAUUAACACUGCAAAUGGACCUCAGUUUCUCUCUAACCAUCUUGGUGUGGUGAAUCCAAAUGGAACAGUGAUAGGAUAUAAUCCAACAGUCUUCCACCAAGGGAACAGCCUUGGAUCACCUAACACUGCUGUGAAUGGCUGUCUAGGAGCAGAGCCAGGUAAUAUUGUCACAGUGAGACCUGACCUUGGACAGAUGCCUCCAUCUGGUGGCAUUCACUAUACAGAACCUUUGUGGGUUCCAGUCUCAUCUGCUAACCAGGCAAAUCCCCACAUGAUUCCAAAUUCAAGUCAGUGUUUUAACCAAUAUCCAGUAGGCUCGUUCAGUGGCCUUCCUGGUUUUCAUCAUGUUUCAACUGUAACUGGAAGUCUCCUCCAAGUGGCCCAUGGGCCAUCUCCUCAAUUAUCUGCAUCAGUAGGAACUCCUGGGUAUUACUUGCAGCCUGAUGUAACACCCCAUCUUCAAACUGGUAUGAGAUUUGUAUAUGAGACCCAGCUGCCACAUGAUGGCACAGUUUGCCCCACUCCACAACCAUCGACUCCAGUGCACUCUGCAGGACCGGCAAGUCCAUCAGAUCACCUUCUUGCAGGUCAAAAUGAAAAACAUCAUAGCAGAACAGGAGAGCAGGGAGAGGAGAGCUGAACAUAUUGACUUCUACAAAAUUUGAUGUAAAUCUUGAAAACAUUUGAAAUAUGACUGCCUGAGUAAAGAGUUAUGUAGUUAAUGUCUUUCAAAAUUAUCAGUUUUGAAGUUCUGCCAUAUUAUAUGUUACAGAUAUUUUUUUCAACACUGUUCAUUUUUAUCUGAAAUAUAAUUGUGUAACACUUCCUUUAAAUUAAUUUCUGUCAUGUGACUACCUGCAGAACAAGGUGCUGGAAUGAGUAUUGGUCUCAGGGUGAAGUGUAGUAUUUUUAGAUCAUUAUAAUCAUCAUAAAUGUUUAGUUUGUAUGUUAUGGCAGUCAUUAGGACAGCAAGUGAUAUUGUAAAUAACAGAUUUGAAAAGUUCAAUAAAUAAACAUGUAGAAGCAGAAAGUAAUUAGCUUGCUGAAUAUACUUUUUAAUAUAAAUUUUGAAAAAUGCCAUUAUGGUAUUAAUAUAUUCCAAUAGAAAUGUAAGAAUGUUAACAAAUAUACAUCUAGACCUGCUUUGUGAAAAUUUAAAAAUUGAAGUUGAACAUAGAAAAACUUUAAAAUGAAUGAUACUCAAGUAGCAUGGUUUAUAUAAAGUAAUUGAUAUUACACUGAAAGAAUUUUUGCGGUAUAACAUCAGUUUUCAAACAAUAUAUCACUGAUAAGCUUAAAUAACAGGCGAAUUUGUUGCACAUAUAUGAUCAAUACAUAUGUUUUAACAUCAACAUACAUUUAUAUAGUAAAAGAUCAAAGACUGGUUAUUUUAGGUACCAGAUUAAUGAAAUAUGAAUGUGAGUCUUUCAUCUCUUUCAGCACUCUUGAGAUUGUAACUGCUUUAAUAGUAGGAAGAACUAUUCAGCAACAUCUAUGUUAAGAAUAUGUCUCAUACUGUGAAAUUUUGUUUGUAAUUAAAUUCAGUUAAAUGGAAAAAUGUAAGUGCUUUUAUUAUUAUUCUGCACUACAAUUGCUUAUUGUAUCAAAUCAGCUUAUGACUUAAUACAUAAUAACAGCUUUGUAGCUGCCUUUAUAAUUUUUCAGUUCUUUCUUUUAUCUCUCUCUCUCUUUCUCUUUACCAUAUUGGUGGCAUUUAUAUCACAGUAACAGUAGAACAGGAAUAAAAAGUAAGACUGAAUUGCCAGUCAUUUUAAAUAUAUUGAAAUUGUAGGUGUGAUACUGAUGUGUUCCCAAACAAUGAAUAGGAUCUGGAUAAAAUUAAAUGGUGAUGGUUGCCUAUAAGAAAUUGUAUAUGCUGCAUAAGCACAAUAAAAUUAUUUAUUUCAAAUGCUCUAUUCAUCAAAACUGAAGAAUUUGUAAUUUUAAGGGUUUAAACAGUACUACCACAGAGAGAUGGAUGAGUGUUCACAGAUUUAAUUGAAAGUAAUUUGUAAAUUUAAAAAUAUCUUGUACUGUUAGUAAUAAAAGAACUGAAUUUAU